AAUCGCAGUGACAGGCUCACAUCUUUCUCCUCCUCCUCCUCCGUUAUCCGCCGGUCACCCACAUGAGCGCGAGACCGCGAAGGAUGAGGAGGAGAGCGCGCGCGCGCUCGGAGAUUACCGCGUGAGUGAAGUCAAAGCGGAGAGACCGGAGGGAUUAACCUGCGAAAACUACAAGAAAACAUGAAUUACAAAAACGCGCCGCUGGUAAUGUCGUGAUAAAGAUGGGUGUGUUCGGAGAAUAGAAAAAAAAAAUAAAAUAAAUAAAUAGAAAAAAAAAGAGCGAGAGAAAGAAAACAGGACGAGCGAACGGAGUCCGCGCUUACCGCCAAAACACCAAGUGACUGCGAGGACAAGACACAUUUACGGGAAAAACGUUUACAGAUCAGAUAUUUGCUUUUAUAAGUGUGUGACAAAGUAGAUCCAGGUGUGUAAGGAUGCCGAUACCCAAUCUUUCCGGGUAAACGGAGAAGACUGUUCUGUCGUGUCACUGAAGAACGCAGCACACACGCACACACACACACACACACACGCUGAAGAUCAAAUACAGCAUGGGAACCAACAGAGCCAACAGGUACAGCAUUGUGUCUCCUGAUGAGGAGGGACUGAAGAUCUCCACCCUCGGCCUCCACAACGGCCACGGCUCCGGACGACUUCACUCCCCCGGAGGAGAGGCGGGCCCAAGCACGGCAUCAGCAGUGAUGAGGGCCGGCUACAACGGGAAGAUCUCCACGUCUGGCCGCGGCCAGCUGCGGAGCCGCUUCGUCAAGAAGAACGGCCAGUGCAACGUGGUCUUCGCCAACUUGGAUGACAAGCCGCGGCGGUACCUGGCGGACAUCUUCACGACGUGCGUAGACAUCCGCUGGCGGUACCUGCUGAUGAUCUUCUGCUCCACCUUCUUGUUCUCCUGGCUCGUGUUUGGCUUGAUCUUCUACAGCGCGUCUUUAGCGCACGGGGACUUCGAUAAAGAUCGCGGGAGCAGCGGAAAGCCGUGGAAACCGUGUUUGCUGCACGUCGAGGGUUUCGUUGGGGCAUUCCUGUUCUCAAUCGAGACCCAAACCACGAUCGGUUACGGCUGGCGCUGCGUGACUGAAGAGUGUCCCGUAGCGAUCAUAACGGUGGUGGUGCAAUCGAUUGUUGGAUGCAUCAUUGACUCAUUCAUGAUUGGCACCAUCAUGGCCAAAAUGGCGCGUCCGAAGAAGCGAAACCAAACCUUGCUGUUUUCGCAUAAUGCGGUGAUUGCAUUGCGCGACGGGAAGCUGUGCUUAAUGUGGCGCGUUGGGAACCUUCGGCGAAGCCACAUCGUUGAAGCCCACGUUCGUGCGCAGCUCAUCCGACCCUACGUGACGGCGGAGGGCGAGUUCAUCCCGCUGGAACAGAUGGAUUUGAACGUGGGCUACGACGAAGGUACAGACCGCCUAUUCCUGGUGUCGCCUCUAGUAAUCGUGCACGAAAUCGACGAGGACUCGCCGCUUUGGAGAAUGAGCCGGGCGGAUCUCGAAUCGGAUGAUUUCGAGAUCGUAGUGAUCCUGGAAGGAAUGGUGGAAGCGACGGCAAUGACCACGCAAACGCGUAGCUCGUACCUUUCCCGCGAGAUCCUGUGGGGUCACCGCUUCGAGCCGGUCAUCUUCGAGGACCGUGACCGCUACCAGGUCGAUUACGCGCAUUUCCACAAGACCUACGAAGUUCCCUCGACGCCCGCCUGCAGCGCUAAGGAGCUGAGUGAACUGACCGGGCGCCGUUCGUCUGGGUCGUCCCGCUCCGUGACGCCGGACAGCCGCAGCCGGGCGCAGACGCUCCUCCCGCCGCACUCGCCCAGCGCCUUCUGCUACGAGAACGAGGUGGCGCUGUGCUGCGGAGAGGACGAGGAGGAGCGGCCGCACGACCAGCUGACCGUCGCUCCCACAGACUUCCAGAAAAUGUUCCAGGAUUCGGCCACCAUGACCUCCGGAAACAACAUGCUCUGCGUAUUAGACAUGGACAAUCAGAUCGAGUUUGACAUUCUGCAGACUGCCAUACCACUCGACCCCAUGACUUAUAAGAGCGAAUCCGAGAUAUGACGUAAUAUAUUCAAAUAUAUUACACUUAA